AUGGCUCCAGGACUAUAUUUCAAUCCAAAGUCGUCCACGCCUAGCAGCACUACAAGCAGCACUAAAGCAAGUGAUCAGAGCGAUUCAGCGGUUUCAAACGCUACUUUCGAGCUUUCGAUCGUGGGCCUGCCGGCGCCUCGUUUGCGCUCCACUCGAAAGAACAAUGUAGAGCUGACGAACCAGCGAAGAGCACUCAAGUCGGCGCCCGUCAGCGCGGCCAAGAGUGUGAUAAAAUCGCACCAGAGGUGCGAUAAAAGCGAGGUUGAAAGGCCAUGGACGGCGUUGAAAAUAAAGGCGGAUUUGACUGACGAUGACGACGUCUCGUUAAGUGGAUCGGCAUUCAAAUUGGCCGAGGACGAGACAAUCGGAAAGUGCAGCUCCACCGCGUCCCAGUGGUCUGUCUCGGCGUCGAGCGCCGGCGACGUGUCCUCCCUGGGGGACGAAUCCAACAGCCAGUACAGCCAGGCCAGGUCGGAGCAAGAUAAGCCGAUCGAAACUGCCUGCUUUGUCAGCAAAGACAGAUUCAGCUUUCCCGUGCCAGCACGCUUGGUGGCGGAAAAAUUGCUGGGAAAGGCGCAUGAGGAUGACGAAACCGAGCUCUUGGACCAGGGAAAACAGUUGGCGCGAGAGAGGAGUGAGAUCGAAGAUUUGGACAUGGAUUUCUGCAGUGUUCACAUUUCCAGGGAAGAUGGAAACUGCCACCAAUUGGUCACAAUACAAGAAAAGGUUCUAGAGCUGCUGGAGAACCAGCAAACGUGCACCAGACAAACUUGGCUGGUGCUGCAGCAGUUGAGUGCGAGCCUUGAUUUCAUUACCAAAAGAUCGUCACGCGAGGAACAAAAACGAGUCACGCAGACGCAAACGCCCAGUCCCAUUCCCGAAGCUCUGCUUUUGAAGGAAGCUGCAGGAUGUGCACUGAGGCUGGCGGAUAUUCUGUCGUUGGUGGGCUCGACCAUGACUUCGAGUGACAUUAACGUGCCUCUGAGGGCGCAGGUGGUGGAAACGCGGCGAACGCAGCAGCCUGCGGCGUUUCCCGUGAGUGCGAUGGAUUUGCAACAGCAGAAGGGGAAAUUGCGGCCCGUUUCGACAGAGCAGGCCAAGUUUUUUCGGCAACGAGAAAGCCUCAUGGAUCAGCUAAAUGCGUCCUUGGCCCUGAGACGGGCGAGCAUUUGUCAUCCAGAUCAAGAUUGUGAGUCAACAGUCUCGGAUGAAUGGACAUAGGAUGAUUCAGCAACUUGUCACAGAGUGUUCAAAGCUAUUAUUGCUAUAUACGUAUACCGGGUCCAUUUAACGGCUAAUAAAAGGACAGGGAACUUUAGACAGUUUCUUCAGAAUGCCGAAUGAGUAAGACUAACGCAUGUUAAAACUUUUGAACCAACUGUCUUUGGAGCAACAAAAUCGUAAAAAAAACGUUUUAUAUGUGAAGCCAGAUUAACACUAAUAACGUUUGGUACAAUAUAGGUAGAGUGUAUUUGUGGACGAUCAAUUAGAUAAAUUAUUAAAUUGACUGGAAAAAAACGGCAAAAUCCAUUUUGGUGAAGAAAACCCUGGUAGUAUUAAGAAAAUACUACUGUGUAAAAGAAUUACAUACCCCGAAAAUGUGAAAAUUGGAAAAGACAAUCGCUGAAAAUAAUGGGUAAAAACCAUUUAAAUUGGCUCCAAAACAGUCU